UCUGACUUACCACUUUUCAUGAAUUCUAUGCUUCACAGUGUUUCACCGUUUCAUGUUUCUGAUGAUGAGUAACUAAUUAUUUUCUUUCUUGCUGGUACAUAAUAAAGUGGGGGCACAUCAAAGUUGUUGCCAUCUUAGACUUAAUUCAUCAGUAUCAGGUGAUCCUGAGGCUCAGCGAUGUCACUGUGGGAACUGCUCUGUGGGGACAAAGACGUUCCGCCUCCCCUGCUCCUGCUCACAGUAACCCUGAGCUGGUACAGCUCCCAUCCUGCCCUGACCCUGCAAUGGGCAAAAGGCUCCUCUGCUGGGUGGCCCUGUGUGUCCUGGGGGCAGAUCACGCAGGUGCUGGAGUCUCCCAAGACCCCAGACACAAGGUUACAAAGAUGGGACAGAAUGUAACUUUCAGGUGUGAUCCAAUUUCUGGACACACUCGCCUUUAUUGGUACCGACAGACCCUGGGGCAGAGCCUAGAGUUUCUGACUUACUUCCAGAAUGAAGCUCAAUCAGACAAAUCAGGGCUGCCCAGUGAUCGGUUCUUUGCAGAGAGGACUGGGGGAUCCUUCUCCACUCUGACGAUCAAGCGCACAGUGCAGGGGGACUCAGCCAUGUAUCUCUGUGCCAGCAGCUCAACCACAGCAUGGCACAUUCGCCUCCUUCCUGCUCACAAACCCUUAGGCACUUACUUCUCCUUCCAGUUCUCAGAAGCCCUGAACAAAGCAGCUGCCCUGCUCUUCUCCCAGCAAGAAGAAUGA